GCCGCGUCGCAAUCCGAAACUGUACUUUGCCAUUCUCACUCCUUUGUCAACAACGAUUACGUUAACAAGCAAUAAAGUUUAUUGAUCUACCAUUAAUACAACUUUUCUUUCCUUUUAGUAUAGCAACAACAUAAAAUCCCAUCAUCAUGGCUGGAGAUCCUCGUGCGCUACUCCAGAAGGCAGACAAGGCGCUCUCCGGCGCCUCCGGCGGCUUCAGCUUCUUCGGCGGCCGAGAAGAAAAAUACCAAAAUGCGGCGGACCUGUAUACCGAGGCAGCAAAUGCCUUCAGGAUCCAGAAGAUGAAUCGAGAGGCCGGACAGGCUUUCGAGAAGGCGGCUGCGGUCCAGAGCAAGCAUCUAAACGAACCCGACGAUGCCGCAAACACGCUUGUCGAUGCUUUUAAGGUAUACCGGAAAGAAAACCCGGAAGACGCCGUGCGAUGUCUUGAGGUCGCCGUUGGCCAGUACUGCAAGAAGGGGAAUUUCAGGCGGGCGGCGCAGCACAAGGAGAACAUGGGUGAGGUUUUCGAGGUAGAGAUAGGCGAUACCAAGCGUGCGCUCGAGGCAUACGAGACUGCUGCUGGGUGGUAUGAAGGAGAUAAUGCUGCGGCCCUUGCGAACAAGUUAUGGCUCAAGGUUGCAGACAUUGCUGCCCUCGAAGGCGACUACUAUAAGUCGAUCGAGCAGUACGAGAAGGUCGCAGCGGCCUCCAUUAACAACAAUUUGAUGCGCUACUCGGUCAAGGAUUACUUUCUCAAGGCCGGUAUCUGCCACCUAGCGACAGGUGAUAUGGUCGCUACGAAUCGCGCGCUUGAGAAAUAUCGAGAUCAAGACCCGACAUUCCCAAGCACCCGAGAGCACCAGCUACUAGUGGAUCUGGCCGCUGCCAUUGAAGCAGGCGACCAGGACCAAUUUACAGACAAGCUAUUCCAAUACGACCAACUAAGCAAGCUUGACAAGUGGAAGACUACGAUUCUUGUACGAGUCAAGAACACCAUCGAAGAGGCCGGUGAGGACUUUUCUUAAAUGGACUUGUGGCGUUGUAAGCUGAAGAAGGGAGGCUUUGUGAUAAAUGCAAGCCAAACUUGAUGUUUUGGCGUAUGGAUUGGGUGCAUUAUAUUACCAUAAUGCAGCUUUAUCUUGCGAUUUGCAGGACGAAGCUUUCUUGCGUUGUUUGGGUUAGAAAUA